GUGACUUUUGCUGCGUUAGCAAGCCACAACAAAUAUGGCGUAACAUUAUAGCCUUACUAGACUUCCGCAUGAUUGACCAAUAGGACAACAGCCUUAGCUCUCGCCACAACCAAUCGACUCGUGUUCGUCUCUUCUUGAAAACAUGUCUCCCAUGAAGCUGUGUGUUCCAGGCGACAGGCUGUGCAGCACAGAUGAUUGUAUCCCCGGUACUGGGGUGUAUCUACGACAUGGCUACAUCUACUCUUCACUAGCCGGAUAUAUACUCCGGAAGAAUGAGGGAGAGGAGCUCCCAGUGAUCUCUGUGGUGAGGGAAACGGAGACACAGCUACUGCCAGACGUUGGCGCGAUAGUCACCUGUAAGGUGACCAGUAUCAACUCCAGAUUUGCCAAAGUCCAUAUCCUCUACGUUGGUUCUACACCGCUAAAGGACCGCUUCAGAGGAACCAUCCGGAAGGAAGACGUACGAGCAACUGAAAAAGACAGGGUUGAGACGUAUAAAAGCUUCCGUCCGGGUGACAUCGUCCUGGCUAAAGUUAUCUCCCUGGGAGACGUCCAGUCCAACUACCUGCUGACGACAGCGGAGAAUGAGCUGGGCGUGGUGGUGGCCCACAGUGAAGCAGGAGCCCAGAUGGUGCCAGUCAGCUGGUGUGAGAUGCAGUGCCCCCGGACACACGCCAAGGAGUUCCGCAAAGUGGCCCGGGUGCAACCGGAGUACCUGCUGGCGUGAUGGCCGCCGGCUCGCGCCCCUCAAGCCCAUCCCCCCCCCCCCCGUUGUUUUCCAGCGAGGAACACACAGCUUCCUGGACCCGUGCCUCACACAAGGACGGAUUCACGUUGAUGUGUACUUUGAUUAUAAAGGACAAGUGUUGUCGAGUACAGCCUGGGAAGGCUUUCGUUCCAACCCAAGCACUACGACGUUCAAUUCAAUUGAUCACCGGGGCCUUGAUUGGCCGAAUCAGUCUUGUUAGCGCUGGGCUGGAAUUAAUCCUGCCCCCGCUGUAGAUCCUGGAUCCAUUCUGAUCCGAUUCCCCAGUAACCCAGAUGUGUUCUGAUCCCGUACCCUGUAACCCAGUAGUGUUUUGGUAUGUGUUUUCUGUUGUCAAGGUGCUAGCAUAUCUGAUAGCAGUCCUGUCCGGUUAAACAAAUGAGUGCACACUUUAGGGACAAGGGUAUAGGAACUACCCUGAGCUCUAUGGUAACGGAUACAGUUACCAUACAUGUCCUGCCCUAAACUAUUCUCCAGUGUGUAGGGCUCGAUUUGGGACAAAGCCAUAGACGGCUGACACAAACCCGAGUGCUGGGUUUCAGAUUGGCAUCUUCAAGACUCAUACAUCCACAUUGUCCCUUUCUGCACUGACUGAAAGAAAUGUGUGUGUGGUCCCCCCCAUUUUUCAGGCAUUGUUUCUCCCAUCUUAGUAUUUGUACACCGUUACUUGGGUUUGUUUCUGAACUUUCUGAAGCAGAGGGCCAUGUUUAAAGGGUGAAAUAAAGUGAGUACCAAAGCCG